AUGAAGGUGGCUAUGUCCAACCAGGUUUUACAGGCGUAUUUUACAUUAGAAAAUGGCAAGAACUUUCUUUCCAAAACAAUAAAUGGCAAGAACUUUCUUUACAAAACAAGGAAUGGCAAGAACUUUCUUUACAAAAUGAAAAGUAGCAAUAACUUUGUUUACAAAACAACAAAUGGCAAGAACUUUCUUUAAAAAUCAUAAAAUGGCAAGAACUUUCUUUACAAAAGACAAAAUGGCAAGAGCUUUUUUUACAAAACAAAAAAUGGCAAGAACUUUCUUUACAAAACAUGAAAAGCUCAUUUAUCGUGUAACUUGUCACCCGCACAAAGUUACAAAAAAAAACAGUUCUGAAGUAUAAAUUGCAAGAACUUUCUUUACAAAGCAAAAAAAUAGCCAAAAACUUCCUUUACAAAUCAAAAAAAUGACAAAAAAUUAAUUCACAAUUAAAAAAAAUUAAAAUUUUCAAUUUAUGACAUUUUUUACUUCAGAAGCUCCGGAAACCCGAUUUACAUAGCUUUGGAGCACAGUUUGGGGCCAAUAAACAAUGGCCAUGUCUUUGGUGACAUUGACGUCUUAUUCAGAGUGCAUGCUUCUGUUGAACGUAAGUUUUGUGAAAUGGGCCUACUAUUUUUAAAUAUAGGCUUGAAAUUUCAAAACUGAACUUUCAAAGCCGUAAUUGAGCCUAAGGGACCUAAAAUAAGCCUACAGUUUAAAUAUAAGCCUAACGUUUAAAAAUAAGCCUAAAGUUUAAAAAUAAGCCUAAGCUUUUCAAAAUAAGCCUAAAAGUCUUAAGAAUGAAGCUGUUUUCUAAAUUAAGCACAAGGUUUCAAAAAUAAGCCUAAAACUUUUAAAAUAAACCUAAAUUUUCAUAAACAAGCCUAAAAAUGAAAAAGUAAGUCUAAAAUAAAAAAAUAAGCCUAAAAUAAAAAAAUAAGCUUAGAAUAAAAAACUAAGCCUAAACUUCCAAAAAAACCUUUAAAUCAAAAACUUUAGACAAAGCAUUCUAUGGCCUAAACGUGACAAACUCAAUCGUAUCCAACAACACUCAAAAUGGAAUAUCGGCCAAAGACAUCACUGAUCGACUAGCCCUUACUAAUGUUACAGUAGACGGCAACCAAGGUUAUGCUGGAUUAUACAUCAAAAGUGGCGCUGGUGAUGUUUGGAUCAAUGACACUUCGUUGAGCCAUAACUGGGGUGACGGAAUGAAUGUCAGCUUUGCUGGUGGUGCUAUCAAUUUGAAUAGCUCGAGAGUGGUUGGGAAUAGAUGGAGAGGUAAGCGACCCUACUUCAAACCCCUACCCUACCCAACCCUACCCUACCCUACCCUACAUUACCCUACCCUACCCUACCCUACCCUACUUUACACUACCUUACCCUACCCUUCCUUACUCUACCUUACCCUACCCUAUCCUAAGCUAAUCUACCCUUCCUACCGUACCAUAACUAGUAUAACCGGAUCCUUACUGUAAUCCCACCUACCCUUACCUACCGUAUUUUGACCCUUGACUUGCAAAAAAGCCGGUUCGGGCCUAGUGGGUCUCCUUUUAGGUCUACUUUGGAUAGUACUAUGCCAUCGUCCCUUUGACAAAAGUACUAUACCACUACCUUCCUAACAUUUCUUUAAUUCCAGGAGUAUCAGUCCACUACAACACCUCCCUGCCCUUCUUCUCCCUCCACAACGAGGUGGUAAUCAAAGGUCGACCAGCCAACAAUCUCUUUUACCCCAAAAUGCUAAUAGCUCAAAACUUAUGGGGUGGUGUAUUAAUUGGGAAUUACUGUAGAAAUGCUGACGAAGCAGCAGAGUACGAUAUUCGGCCAAGAGUUCAAAUAAAUUGGGUACAUUUCGACGAAAACUUUUACCACCCCCACAUGGAUAUCUUUGCUUGUCAGGAUAAUCAUGUCGCACAGAGCAUUGUGGAUAUUACUGGUCGGUUUUAAAUCUUAUUUGUUAAAGUAAAAUUGAAAAUUUUAAAUUUUGAAAUUUAUUAGGGCGCAGAUCGCCGGACAUGUUUUAUCGUAUAACAUAUCACAUUGAGCUCAAAACUGAUUUUUUUGCUUGUAAAACAAAUGGCAUGCCUAUUUAUACCAUAAAAAUGUAUUUUUUUAAAUUUUAAGUUAUCCUGGGCGCAGAUCGCCAAACAUGUUUCAUCGUAUAACGUGUCACUUUUGACUCAAAAUUAAUUUUUUUGCAUAAAAAACAAAUAGCACGCAAAUUUUUACCAUAAAAAUGUAAUAUUUACAAUUUUAUGUUAACAAGGGCGCAGCCUGCCAGACAUGUUUCAUCGUAUAACAUGUCACUUUUAAGGUCAUUUUUUCGAAAUUACAAAAAUACCUUUUGUUUCUGAAACACGGUGCCUAGAUAAUGUAAAAUAUAUACGUUGUAAAGACCCAUUUCUCAAAAAAAUUGUCAUAUUUUGAUAAAAAACCGCAAUAACUUUCUUUCCAGGCAACAGCGUGAUCGCCGGCUCGGGAAUCGGCUUCAAAAUGGAGCCGGCUGUCAAUACGCACCUAAUAAUCAACUCAAAUCGCUUUCACAACAUUCAAAAUGCCGCGUUAAUCGUUCGAAACGCCAAACAUCCUCAAUUGAGAUACCUUCCGGCCAAAGUUGAGAUCUACAAGAAUGACAUUAAGAUGAACACUGGCAAGUACAUAGUAGCUAUUGGUAUGAAUGAGAAUGCCGAACGGCAAAGUUUGACAUUUUCACAACAAAAUGAAGUCAGAGCAAAUACUGUUAUUAAUCCAUUUCCCUUUCUGAGGCCUAGAAGCACACCGUACGCAGCGGUAGUGGUCAGCAGCAGGUAAGGGUUGAGCUUACAUUUUUUGUCAUAACUUUUUGAAUUUUUUGUGAAUUAUUUUAAAUUUUAGGUACGUAGGGUUGAAUUAAAUGUAGUUUAAGCUACAAAAAGAAAAAUCGCAAAAACUUUCUUUACAAAACCAAAAAAAUUAAAAAAAACUUAGGUUUGAGAUCAAAAAUUACGUCAUGGGUAAUAUAAAUUGAUGUGUAAAAUUAAAAGCUAAAAUGAGCCUUCAAAUUUUUUACGUUUAAAAGAUACAUAUUAACCUGCUGUUUAGUUUACAAUAACGAAAAUUGCAAAAACUUUCUUUACAAAACCAAAAAAUCAAAAAAAAAUUUAACAACACCUCAAAAGCAAGGCGAUGGUUAAUAUAAACUAAUCUUUUUAAACCCAAAUUUUGUAAAAAUUGAAAAAUUUCACUCUGCCAGUACUGUAAAAUGACUAUGGUAAAUUUUCAGUAACGUCAAGAUCAACUACAAUUGCUUUGGCAACCCAAAAGCCGACUUUGAACUUGGAGUAGAGCUUAUGGAACAUGCUAAGCGAAUCGACGCCAGAAACAAUAAUUGGGGUGAUGCUGAUGCUAGAAACUUUUUACAUAGGAUCUUUGAUCAGGUAUGUUGUAAUUUACUCUAUUCUACCGUAUCGUACCCCUCACCACCCUAUCCUAGACCCGUACCCUACCUUACCCUACCGUACCCUAUUCUGCGCUACCCUACCCUACCCUUAUGCUGUGCCCACCCUAACCUGUUAUACUCUGUUCUACCAUCAUGUUUACCAUAUCAUAUUACUCACUAAACCCCCAACGCCGUAUUUUACAAAAAAAAUUUAGUUCAACCGCUAUUCCCUAGCAUCAGUCGAUCUGAAUCCCUACGCUGCCGUUUGUAAUCAACGUUCCCCAAAUCCAACGUUCCUACAACAAACCUAUCGUCACUUCCGACGAUCUCAUCAGCCCUUUUCGAUUGGUGGCACUAUAUACGAAAAUAGUGACUUACAGCCAGGAAAGUAUACUGUAACUGAUGAUUUGCAUAUUAGUCCUGGUGCCAAGUUAACCAUUUCUCACGGUACUGAAUUGGAAUUUCUGGAUGGUGUUGGUAUGUUGGUACAGGGAGAGUUGAUAAGGAAUGACUAUUCGAAUCCAUUUCAACCUAUCAAGUUCACUGCCAAACCUUUUCAAAUACCUCAUGUGGAGAAUAUACGGUAAGAUUUUUGAUUUUGAAAUGGCAGGGUCAGGCAUACUGUAGGGUGUAGUGUAAGACGUACUGUAAGGCAUAUUGCAAUAUUUACUGUAGGGCGUAUUGUAUGGCGUAUUUUAAGGCGUACUAUAAGACUUAAUGUAGGGCUAACUGUAGGACGUACUGCAAGGCGUACUGUAGGGUGCACUGUACGGCGUACUGUAGGUCGUGCUAUAGGACGUACUGUAGAAUUUACUGUAGAGUUUACUGUAGCGAAUACUGUAAGACGUACUGAAGGGUAGCUGUAAGUAAAGCUCACAAUUUUUCUUUCAGUCUAGUCGAUGACUGGGGCAAUGAAGAAGUCUUUGCCGGUCGAUUGGAGCUCAAAAUCGAAGGACAAUGGGGCACGGUGUGCAAUCGUUCCUGGACUGCAGCCCAUGCCCAAUUGGCUUGUAAUCAACUUGGAUUAACCAUGGAUCCUCAGUAUUUUGAAAAUUGGCGGAUUUUUGUCGAUAAAGGUGACUUGCCAAUGCUGGUCGAUAACAUUCGAUGUGAAGAGCGUGAAUGGGAUAUAACACAGUGUAGACGAGAUGGCAGUGUCCAUAAUGUUCAGGUAAGGGUCUUGUGAAGAAAAUUCUUGCAAUUUUUUGUUUUGUAAAGAAAGUUCUUUCCAUUUCUUGUCUUGUAAAGAAAGUUCUUGCCAUUUCUUGUUUUGUAAAGAAAAUUCUUUCUAUUUUUGAAUUGCUCUUCGUAUUUUACCAAUUCCAGGCCUCCUGUCGACCAACAGAAGUAGUCGGACUCCGUUGUGCCCAACCACAUUGGGCUGGUGUACGGUACUCAUUAUUGGCCAAUCCUCCAACUAUAACUGGCCAAACCACUAUGAACAAUUGGAUUAUUGAAAAGGCUGGUCUUUUCGAUUUUAGAACGUCAAGCUUUUCACCGGCGCUUCAAAUCGACUGGAACUACCACACUUUUCAUGGGCUGGUCAUACGGUAAUUUUUCUUUUGAAUCGUAUAACUUAUCACCGCAAGCUGCGCGACAAGUAAUCGUGAUAUAAAGGGUAACUAUAAGGGUAUGGGUAGAAACGGAAGUAGGGGUACUUUUAAAAGUUGUUUCACUGUAUUUUACCAUGCCCUCAAUUUUCAGUGACAACUUCGAUGAAGGUCUGGACAUUGUUUAUAACGAUUUGACCAAAAAGCCGGCUGUCAGACAUUCCCGAUUCGAAAGAAAUCGUCGAAAUGGAAUUAGGCUUAGGUCUGUAGGCUUAACGAUAGAAGAAGUUACGAUUAAGGACAAUCAAAACGCUGGUAUUCGAUAUGAUCCAUCCAUAUCUGAGAAUCUUCAGCGUGAUAUCGUAUCUUGGUUGGAUCGGAAUGAACAACCAGAAUUAGAGGCUAACAAUGUUCAUGUCUUUCCUAAUCGAAGCUUGACUAGGCUGCAGGUAAGAGAGAGAGUUAGUAAGCCUAAAUGAUUUAGCUACCAUUAGCUUUUUGUCACAUUAACUCAAUCCACAACACUUGAUCUUAAGCCUAAAAUGCUUGAUAUUAAGCCUAAAAAUCCUAGUUAGGCUUGAUCGUACGGCAAACAAGCCUAGUAAAGCUCGCCCUUAAGCCUGAAAAAAGCUUGAUCUUAAGCUUAAGAGCCCAAAAAACGCUUGAUCAUAAGCCGAAGAACCCUAAUAAAGCUUUAUGGCUAGCCUGAGAAAGCUCGAUUUUAGACUAAAAAGCCUAACAAAACUUCCUCUUAAGCCUAAUGAAGCUUAAUUUCAUCUCAAAAAGCUUAACAAGACUUAAUCUCAAGCCUAAAACUCCUCUUUCAUAAAAACCAAUUCCAGGUACACGAAUCUCAACUCAAUCAUCGUCGUUUCCUCGUAGCCAGAGCAACUCCAGACUGUCCAUACAUAUCUUCAGAACCAUGCUCUUUCGAAAUGCAAUUAGAAGCCCAAGGUUACGAAUACGGUAUCACAUCAAAACUAGUGGUUCAACUGGUACACCGUCCGAACAACGAGUCAGAUGAAGAUGUCAUACUCAUUGACCAUCAAGGUCAUAAAGUAUGGAGCGCUAGAAAAAAUCCAAUCGAUUUUCCGAUUCAAUCAGCUGGACCAGCGCUAACGUUACGGUACACAAGGUCGUACGGUCAACCAAAAGUGAUACUACUGGUACUGUUUUUGGACACACAAGAGUACUUGGACAAGUUUGUUCAUGUGUAUCAGAGUGUGGUUGAUAACAACCAGUAUGGUGUGUCGGCUAUACAUUACAGUAAUCUGACUUUUUCGGAUGGUACUGUAUUGAAUCGGUGGAGUGAUGAAAAGUUGUGGUUCCAGAAGGUAAAAUUGUGUUUUGGAAAAAAGUUCUUGCUAUAUUUUGUUUUGUACAGAAAGUUCUUGUCUUUUUCGAUUUUGUAAAGAAAGUUCUUGCCAUUUUUCGUUUUGUAAAGAAAGUUCUUGCAAUAUCUCGUUUUGUAAAGAAAGUUCUGGCCUUUUUCGAUCUGUAAAGAAAGUUCUUGCCAUAUUUUGUUUUGUAAAGAAAGUUCUUGCAACACCUCGUUUUGUAAAGAAAGUUCUUGCCUUUUUUGAUUUUGUAAAGAAAGUUCUUGCCAUUUUUCGUACUGUAAAGAAAGUUCUUGUCAUUUUUUCUUCUGUAAAGAAAAUUCUUGCCAUAACAACUCAUUAUCGUCCCAGGUCAACUUCACAAACAACAAAGACGCGGUUGUAUGGAUUCACAGUCCCCAGCACGCUGUAGUUGAAGCAACACCAAUUGCCGAAAUCACUUGGCACAUUGACAACUGUUCCAUACAUGAUAACACCGGACCUGUUGUUGAUACCCACAGAGAUCUCUUUGCUUCGGCAAAUGUGUUCCACUGGAACUUUUGGUCGAAUACAUUUGAAAACAACACAAACAGUGGAGUUAACGUUGUUCUUCCUGAUACAUAUGACCUGCUGAGUCCAAAGGAACAUUCUUUUUGGGUAAGAAUGGGUUUGCAGCCUGCGGGUGAAGAGUUAUACGAUGAUUUUUUUUCGUUGUAAACAAAGUUAUUGCCGUUUUUUGUUUUUUAAAGAAAGUUAUUACCAUUUUUCGUUUUGUAAAGAAAGUUCUUGCCAAUUCUUUCUUCCGUAAACAAAGUUCCUUCCAUUCCAGAUGACAGAAAACCGUUUCCAAGGCAACACCGGCUUCUACGUCAACCUGGGUGGCUACUACUGCUUCGCCAACAUAUCAUCAAACAAUGUCACCGACAAUUACGCCCGGCAAGACCUAGGUAUCUGGUCGUUAACGGGCAUGGAAAAACGGUUGAUAAUGGAGAGAAACAGGUUCUUUAACAACUGGGGCCAUUGGAUGGUGAAGAUCGACACUGACAGCCAAUAUCUACGCCCCAGCGAGAUACCAAGCUAUGUUCAGUUCAAUUACUUCCAGUUCAACAAGUUUGUUCAUAGUUUAGAUGAUUAUGUUGAUUCUUGGCCCAGAAGUUACUGUGUUGGAGCGUUUGGUACUCAAAAGAUCGAUAUUCAUUACAACCGGCUGAAGAACAAGCUGAUGGACUUCGAAAUUGUCGCCGGUGUUAAGGUAAGGUCUCCUUUGCGAUUUCAUCUUCAGAUUGGCACAGUGAAGCUUUCACUGUAACAUUUUUCCAUUUGCUUUACCUUAUGAAUCAUAUCAUUCCAGCCCCAACGUCCAGCAAUUGACAUAAUGAAUAUCACUUACAACUGGUUUGGUGUAGCCAAUGAAGCCGGUGUAGCUCAACGGGUCUUUGAUGUAGAAGACUGGAAUAUCUUUACAGUAGGAAACUAUUCUCCGUUUUACAGCAGUGAAGAGCAAUUCAUCAAUUUCUGGUGGGAACCAAGAAAAGGACAACUAAUUCAUGCCGAGCCAGCUGAGCCAAACGAAUUAGACUUGAAAGGAAGAAUGUAUCAAUCUAAAACAUUGUCGCUGAAUCCGGAACGAUGGUACAAGUUUCCAUACGUUUAUCGACCAUUCAGGCCAUACAGGGUCACUAGGUAUGGUAAUUUUUGUUUAUAUUAUCCAUGACAUCACUUGAACUUAUAAUAAUAUUGUCUAUCCUGAAAAAUAAGUCAAAAAAGAUCCUCACCUUAUCUUAUUAAAUGUUGAAUUAUCUAAACAAUCUAAUAUUUCAGAGAUUUGACGAUUAUGCCAGGAGCUACAUUAACAAUCGAGCGAAACGUCGAAGUUCAUGUCUGGCCCAACGUCCGAAUCCUAGUUUUGGGAAAUUUGGUCGCCGAUGGAACGCUUUGGCAGCCAAUACGCUUCAAACCAAUCAAUGCCACAGAAUGGGCUGAGGAAUUGGGUACCAGACCCACCAGAUACAGAAGACAUACGACGUUGAGAAGGCAAAAGCGGAGAAUCGAUGUUGAUCAACGUCAUGAAGCUUUUGUUCGACGGAAGCGGAAAACGUAGGUUUUUUUGGACUUCUAGUGGAUUUUAUUAGAAGAAGAAGGAUACUUCCGAUCUUUUGAGCCCAAAAUUAAGCAAAGCCUUCUCGAUUCAGCGUAAAAAUUCAUGUUGUUACCUAAAAUUCAAGCAAAAACGAAAAAACUUACCAAAAUAGACCGUUUUUGUAAAACUUUUAAGAUACUUGACUUCUGUAUGUCUUCAAAAACUAAAACAAUCCAUAACCAAACUAAAAACUCCCUAACCCACCUUUGAAAAUCAUGUUAUACCUAAAAAAAGCAAAAAAAUCAGAAAAGCUCACUAAAACAAUAUCGGCUCUUUCAGUGGUCCUCAAAAGUUUGAUCCAGUAUACAGUGAAUUCCCAACACUACGUCGUGAAGAUCCUUUCCAUCAGAAUUUCCGUGUUUUGUUAUCUGAAAAUGGCACGAAACUCGGACGAAGCGGCUUUCUGGAGCUUUACAACGCGACGACAGGUGAGAUCGUACCUUCUUGUGAUCGUCAGUUCACUGCCAGGAAUGCUAUGGUAAGUUCUGUAAUUAAAAAAGGUAGAACAUGGUUUUGUUGUUUAUAUUGUGGCAAAAAGAACCUAUUUUUUAGUUAAACAUUGAGGUUUUUCAUCGCUUUUUAGAGGCGAACACCUGAUUUCAGACAAAAUUGAUGGUUAUUUAUUAGAAAAAUGGUUAUACUAUAGUGACAAGAAUCGUAUUUUACUCCAAAAACCUUUCAGGUAGUAUGUCGAGAACUAGGCUAUCGUACCCAAAACGCAUAUCACUGGUUAACCCCACGAUUCGACUACAAUCCUGAAGUUAAUCUAGUCAAAACUUAUAUGGAACCUCGUGAAUGUCGUGGUCAUGAACGUCGUCUAGCCGAAUGUCCACUUCGUUUAGCUGCUAACGAUGCCAUGUGGAUGUGUAUGGAUGUGUUGUCUCACAAUUACAUCCAUUGUGGUGAUCCGAAGAGCAUCAGCGACGAAUAUUUUGGCCAAUUUGGUGGGAUCACCUUUGCUCAACAGGAUUUGGAGCUGGUUCAGAACAAGGAUGAUGGUAAGGGUUGUCUAAAAGGAAAUUAAUGAUAGUUAAUCAAAGUUUCGGUUUUGUCUGAUCAGGUUUUGGACAAGAAACUGUAAAAGAAAAUUUACAUCAAGUUGUGUAAAAGGUCCCACCACGAAACAUUGAAAUGCCAAAACGUGCAAAAAUCGUUUGGCAUUCUGUUUUUCCUUGAUUUUUCGACGAGAAAAGCUCGGUUUUAGCUAAAAUAAGGUGUUUUUAAGCCUAAAAACUGUCGUAGAACAUAAAAUUAUAUCUCUAUCUCAUUUUAGACACAUCAAUUCUCCGUCAUGUUGAAAUCGUCGGCGGAGGGCAAGCUCACAACGACUCGUACCAAACCGCCGCUCUUCAAAUCAUUCGCCGCAAUCCAAUUGUCGAGAAUCUGAAUGUCACCAACUCUUCAAUGCACGCGCUACAGAUCAUAGCACCUAGGGAGAAUAUCGUGUUGACUAGACUGAAUAUUAGCGACAAUCCAGGCCAAGGGCUGAAUAUAUUAUCCAUGAACCUGCAAGCCGCUCAAAAUGGUGGUCAAACUGCGAAAGGGCCAUUGAAUUUGCCGUAUAAUGUUGCUGGGAUGUUGGAUGUAUGUUCGGGAGGGAAAGAAGUCAUGGUUGGUGGGAGGAUAUUGAUCUACUAUAAAUAUGAUAGUAGACCUGUCGAUUGUGUCAAAGUUUUCAAGUCGAAGACGGCUAAGGGGCUUGGAUUUAGGUUUUUACAGGUAAGGGAUUAAUUGUUCUUUACUGUUUUAAAGCUUUGACUGGCUUUUGAGUAUUAUGGAAAAAUGAAGUUUUGGGGUCUGCAGGCUGCAGAUGACAAGUUAUACGAUUGACAAACUUAAUUUUACUUUUUUUUAAAUUUUUCUUAAUUUCCUGAAAUUUAUUUUAAUUUUUAUAAAUUUUAAAAAUUUUUAAAUUUAAAAAAAUUAAUUUUUUAAAUUUUUUAAAAUUUCGAAUAUGCAGGUGAAUAUCUACUCAGCCAACAAUCCUCUGGGCCGUUCCGACGCGUUAUCUUUGUAUUCGGACGAUACUUUUCGACCAAUCUCGCUAUUAGCCAAAUACGAUGGUAAUUCCAUGGUAAAUUUCAAUGGUAAAUUUGAUCCAAAUACCAUAUCAUCUAACCCAGCCACAACGAUCGUUUCCUAUCCUCCAAUCACAUCUCGUUCUACCGUGCUUGGGUUACACUUACGAGCUACGGCUGCUGACGGUGAAUUUGGGUUUAUCGCUGAAGUGGCUACACUGCCAUCGUCGCCGGAUUCACGGUCGGUCGAUGAGAUUUCACUUCGAAAUUCGAGAUUUCACAACAACGAUCGUGGUGCUAUAUUGUACCGGAAUGUUGGUGAAGUUGGGCCACAUUUGAUUGUAGAGCAGUGUCUGGCCGAAGGCAAUGGCUACUUCCUCUUUGGCAACGUCUCCACCUCGAGUCAGGCGGUGGAGCUACAUCUACAUAACACUCAGUUGUUGCUAUAUCGAGCUAAUGCUAUUCAUGGUAAUCAAGGUGGAUUGUUGGUGACUGCACAGAGCAGUAGUGCCGUGGCUAGGCUGAAUGCUGUGGUUAAAAACUCGGCUUUCACUAUGAAUAUGAACUCGACCGCUUUGGCGUUUUUGGGUAGGUUUUUGGAGGGGUAGAGGGAGAGGUAGCCGUAGAGAGGGAAGGGGGUGAGUAUUUGGAAACAAAGUUUUUGCGAAUUUGAAAAAAAAAUUUUUAAUGGUUUUUGUAAAGAAAGUUCUUGCCAUUUUUUGUUUUGUAAAGAAAGUUCUUGCUAUUUUUAGUUUUGUAAAGAAAGUUCUUUCCGUUUUUUUUUGUUUUGUAAAGAAAGUUCUUGCCAUUUUAUGUUUUAUAAAAAAAGUUCUUGCCAUUUUUUAUAUUGUAAAGAAUGUUCUUGCCAUAUUUUUAAUUUUUUGAAUUUUUAAAAAAUUUUUUUAAAUUUUAGGUAACGACUACCAAAGAGUGACAUUACUAAACAACAUUGUAUCCAAAAACCUGGCCAUGUACUUUGAUACCUGUUUAGUACAAGGAAUGAGUGUCAAUUUCACUCGAAAUGUCUUCAGCAACAAUACUGGCACUCAUACUGUUGAUACUCAAGGCUAUUCUCAAAUAGCAUCUGAUGCACAGUACUUUUACGAGAACUUCUUUGAGAAUAACAUAGCCUUGGGGCAUGGUAAUCAGUAUAUUGAAGGGUUUGGGUAUCAACCGGAGUAUGAGAAUGACGAGUUUCAUCGACGGCCGAAAAGAAGGGCUAAGCGACAGGUAAGACUACAGUACAUAGUUUGUAAAAAAACUCAGUAGGUUUAGGUUUAGUAAGCAUACAAGGCUUAGUAUGUGUCAGUAUCCUCAGGCUUAGUAGGCUUAGGCUUAGUAGGCUUAGGCUUAGUAGGCUUAGGCUUAGUAGGCUUAGGCUUAGUAGGCUUAGGCUUAGUAGGUUAGGCUUAGUCGGCUUAGGCUUAGUAGGCUAGGCUUAAGUUUUUGUCUUAUUAGGCUUGCUUAUGACAUGUCAAGAGGCAUAGAGCGCUGUUUAUAGUAUAAGAACAUCUCGCAAAAACUGGGAAUGUAAUGUCAGGCCUCGAAGUAAAACAGAGCCAAAUCCCAGCACUUGCAGUCAUUUGUUGGGUCGUUUUACAUCGAGGCAAAUGUUAUAUAAGGCCAUAAUAUUACAUAAGAAAACGUUACGUAAUACCAUUUCUUGCAAUUUCUCUGAGGCGAUCUAGUUAUGUCAAAAAGUUAUGUCAUUUACGCGAAAUUAUGUCACCAAUAUUAAGCUACAGCACAUAUAUUUUGAUCUAAUAGGUGCCGACAUAAAGAUCCCGCCACACUUUGCCUGUAAUUUCCUGUAAAAAAUGACGGAUUAUGUUGGAAAUUAAUAUUUUACAAUAUAGGCCUUUGCGUAUAGUAUUAGGUUGUUCACUUAAUUCUGCGCCUCCUCACAAAGCAAAUUUGUGGUGUAAGGGGACGCAGAAUUAUGUGAACAACCUAAUAAUAUAUCAAAUUUUAGGUGGUAAAUCAACGCGGCAUCUCAUUCGACUGGUGGACUCACGUCGGUCGAGAGACCGGUCGAUAUCGUUCUACUAUUCUGUCAGGUUCAGCCGCUCAGAAGCUGGAGAGAAACGUCUUCAACAACCCUUCGAAUCCAUAUGAAUUGACCACGUCGGGUCAAACCCAGUUUGAUACUGGCGCUGUUGAUGCGAUGAACAACUAUUGGGGCUAUCUUGGAACGCCUGGAGUGGCGGCUGGUAAAAUCAGAGAUCAAGCGGAUUAUCCUUACCUGGUCAAGGUCAAUUAUUUGCCGGUUUUGGAUUCGAAUACUAGUUUGAUUGAAGGUAAAAUUGUUUAUUCUUACCCCUACUGUCCCCCUACCCUAUUCCUAACCUUACCCCUACUAUUAUCUCUUGAGGUACACUUAGUGGUAACAAUGGUACUUUUUCAAAUUUUGCACCUUGUUUUAGUUUAAACCUUUAAAAUGACUAUUUAGGUAUGUUUUAGAGGUUUUUGAGAAAUGGUACCGUUGGUACACUUAGUGGUACUAAUGGUACUAUUAUUGAAAAAAGUGUUUUUAGUCUAUCAUAAGAUACUCUACAGUACUCUUUCUUUUCUCUUUUUUGAAUUGACUUUAUCUUAUCCUGUUUAACCCCACCCCACACUUUCAGGCGACUGCCCAGCCGGCUGGUUCCAAGUAGGUAACGAUGAAUUCAAAUCCUGUUUCCUGUUCGUCGGCGCUUCAAUGACAUAUCAUGGAGCUGUGGCUUUCUGCGAAGAACUGGACGCAUUCAUGCCGAUUCUGAGAGCUGACGAUGCUAGACAAAAGGAUCUGGCUAGACGGGUGGAUUACUAUGGACAACAUUACGUUACUGAGACGGAAAAGUACAGCUCGUUGGGGGUAAGAAGGGUUAGAAUAAGUGGUUUUAUUGAGUUUUGGUACAUUUGGAGCUUUUUUAGGGGGUUUUGUAAAAUGGUACUAUUGGUACACUUAGUGGUUCCAAUGGUACUAUUUUUUCAAUUUUGUAAAAUUUGGUUUAAGAUGACUUUUUAGUUAUAUUUUGAAGGUUUUUGAGAAAUGGUGCCGUUUGUACACUUGCUGGUACCUAGUGUUGGUACACUUGGUGGUACCAACGGUACUACUUUUCCAGCGUAUCAAAAUUUGGUUUAAAUAAUUAUAAAAGCUUUUUAGUGUUAUUGUUGAGAUUUUUGAGAUAUGGUACUGUUGGUACACUUGGUGGUACUAAUGGUACCUUUUUUCAAAAACAAACUAUUUGGGUUGUAGCACUAAACUUUUUUUAAAAAAUGUUAAAAUUUUUACUUUUUGGUACUGCUGGUACACUUGGUACCAAAUUUUGUAAAAUACGUCCGGCAUAAAAUCCAUUGCUAAUUAAUUUCAGCACUCCUUCGACAUUCCAAUAUGGAUAUCAUCAGUGACAUUACCUUCGAACCAAUGUGGCUGGCUCUCCUCGCGUACCGGCAGUAUUGGCGAACAAAAUUGCGGCAACUUGUUGCCAUUCGUCUGCGAAAAGGGUACCAAACCAUACAAAGAACCAAUUCUGUGGAGACGAGAUUUGGUCUUUGUGGCUAUAGCACUGUUGAUACUGGCAUUGCUGAUUAUAUUGUUGAUGAUUUGUGCUUGUCGAAGGGCUAGCAAAAGGCAGAAACAGUUUAAAGCGCAAAAGUUGCAGUUCAGAGAGGGAUCGUUGAGGAAGAAGAGUCCGCAUAAUGGAAGAAGGAAUGGAGGUAAGGGGAAGUUUUUGUUUUGUAAAGAAAGUUCUUGUCAUUUUUUGCUCUGUAAAGAAAGUUCUUGCCAUUUUUUGCUUUGUAAAGAAAGUUCUUGCCAUUUUUUGUCUCGUAAAGAAAGUUUUUGCCAUUUAAAUAUCAAAAAAGUGGCUUUUUGCCUUGCGCAGCCUGCGAGAGACAAGUUAUACAAUGAAAAACAUUUUUUGUUUUGUAAAAAAGUUCUCGCCGUUUUUGGCUUUGUAAAGAAAGUUUUUGCUAUUUUUUGGUUUUUAAAGACAAUUUUUAUUGAAAAGUCUAUCAAAAAAUGGCAUUUUUGGGCCUAAAAUGUCAAAAGUUUGUGUUGUGCAGGCUGCGGGUGACAAGUUAUACGAGGAUUUCUACACAUUUAGGUUUUCUUUUGAAUUUAAGAUUAAAAAUAGAAGUUGUAAAGAAAGUUAUAGCGUUUUUUUAGAUUUUGAAGAAUAUUUUUUAUUUUUUAAUUUAAAAAAAUUUUUUUAUUUAAAAAUUUUAAUUUUCAGCCCCGCCCAACUCGACCGACAUUUUUGAUGCGAUGAACCCACAAGCCAACGUCGCCAACCUAGCCAAGCUUCACGAAUCCAUGAGAAAACAGAAUUCAUUAAAAAAGAAGCCGGCUACAACGGCUACAACUUCAUCGUCAUGCACGUCAUCAUCAACAUACGAUACCCGCACCUCCGAGUACUGUUCUCGAUCCCAGUGCGAUUUGAGCACUGAAAACACGUACUCAUCGUUAGUAUCAAGUCAAUCUCCACCACCGGCUUACAAGACUGAUACGAUGCGGUCGAAGGGAACGUUGGGAACGAUGAAGAACAGUCGAGUGUCAAUGAAGCCGGACCCAUAUGAAGGAUGUGGUAGUAGAAACAGAGGGGAGUGUCAGGGUAAGGGGAAUGGCGUUUUGAAGGGGAUUUUAAGUUAAAAAUGACAAUUUUUUUAUUUUUGUUUGGACAUUUUUGAUCGUAUAAAAUGGUGUUCGCAGACUGCAUUGCUUAAAAAAUUUAUUUUUUGGGAAAGAAAAUGAUGUUACUUAUAGAUAGUAAUCAAAACAGGCCUAGUUUUUGAUAUUUUAAAAAAUUUUGAAGAAAUUUUUAUCGGGCCAUUUUUGAUCGUAUAACACGGUCCGCGCAGGCUGCAUGGCGUAAAAACUCGAUUUUUUGGCAAGUAAAAUUACGCUAAUUACAAGUAGUACUUAAAAUAGGUUUAAUUUUUUAUAUUUUUAAAAUUUUCAGUAAUUAAAAAAAUUUAAUUUUUAAAAAUAUUUUUUUUAUACAAAAAUUUUUUAAACUUGUAAAAUACGUGUUGUUUAUCCGUUUCAGUAUUAGUUUAUUUUGGCUUGACCGCUUCAUACUGGUUUGAGAGUUAAACUCACAUUCGGACAUGUUCGGCCGUAUAAAAUGGUCUGCGCAGGCUGCACGACAUAAAAACCUUAUUUUUUAUCUUUUAAUCAAUUAAAAAAUAAAUUUUGAGAACUUUAAAGGAUGAAAAAUUAUUUUUGGACUAAUUUUUAACAUUUUUUCAAAUUUAAAAAAUUUUUAAUUUUAGUAAACAGUACAUUCGACUCCGAAGCCAACAGUACCUACGUUACCUGCUCGAACUGCUCCAACUCCUCAUCCAGAACCUAUUCCUCAACAUAUUACUGCUCAACCUGCAUGACAGAGACCAACUCAGUGACGGAAAGUGAUGCCACUCUAACCGAAGUACCUACAACAAUAUUGGAAGAAAACAGCAGUCGAUCCUCGGAAUCGACCGUUGUCGAUAAUCGACCGGUAAGAUCGGGCAGGAAUUUGAGUCAACGAAGUCAACCGGUCAAUAUGACCACUCCUUCGAGCACUUUGAUGGCUAGUAGUCGGACUGAUAGCACUUUGCAGUAAGUUUUUUUUGGGUGGGCUGGGGGGGGUUUUGGGUGGGCUGUGAUUUUAAAAAUUUUUAAAAAUAUGAAAAGAGUAAUGUAAAAAUGUUUAAAAAAAGCAAGAACUUUCUUUACAAAACAAAAAAAUUGCAAGAACUUUCUUUACAAGGCAGCGAAUCUUAUUCGUCGUAUAACUUGUCCACCGCAGGCUGCGAAAGGCAGAAAGAUACUUUUUUGAUAUAUAAAUGGCAAGAACUUUCUUUACAAAACAAAAAAUGGCAAGAACUUUCUUUACAAAUCAAAAAAAGGCAAGAACUUUCUUUACAAAUUAAUUUUUUUAUAUUUCAGACCCAGCUUCCAAGUCUCAUCUCGAACCCAACCAUCACGCUUAUCGACCAGUCGAUCCAAUCCAAAUCUAGCUCAAGAAGCCCAACCAAAGAUUGCUCAACUACAAUAUGAACCCAGACGUCAACGGCCGCGUUCCGGCUACCAAGAACCGCCUCCACCGUAUAAUUCACACGAAUUUGUGGAUUCGACCAGCUUAAAUCGACAGAAAGCCCAACCGACCAGUCUGAAUGAGAUUUUGCGGAAAAGCAGUGUGAUUGUCAUGUCACCGGUCAAUUACCAAGGUAAGUUUUGGUAUUUUUGUUUGGAAGUUUAGGGCUCUCAAGGGCACAGGCUGAGUGUGACAAAUUUUACGGGAACAGGCUGCGGGGGACAUGAUAUAUGUAGCGUAUUCUUAAGGAAGUUAGGGCGCAACUCGCGAGAUCCAUGAUUUUUCGGUUUUUCGGAUUGUGGGGACAAGUUAUAAGGGCUCAGGCUGCGGGAGGCACGUUAUACGAAGUAUAUUUUGUAAGGCGCUUAGGCCGCAGCUUGCUAAAUUCAGUAUUUUUGUACUGCGCAGGCUGCGGAGGACAAGUUAUACGGGCGCAGGCUACGGAGGACAUGAUAUACGAAACAUUUUUUAAUAGAGUUUAGGGCGCGGCCUGCGAAUUUCAAGAUUUUUUUGGGUUUUGCAGGCUGCGGGUGACAAGUUAUACGAAGAAUAAGAUUUUUUUCUUGUGUAAAGAAACUUCUUGUCGUUUUAUGCUUUGUAAAGAAAGUUUUAGGUAUUUUUUGUUUUGUAAAGAAAGUUCUUGUCAUUUUUGGUUUUUUAAAGAAAGUUCUUGUCAUUCUCUAUUUUGUAAAGAAAGUUUUUGCCUUUUAACGUAAAACAAACGAAUUUUCAUCUUUCGCAGCGUGCAGGUGACAUGUUAUACAAUGGUUAAACAUUUUUUCAUUUUCAAGUUUUGUAAACAAAGUUUUGGUAUUCUUUGCCAUUUUAUAAACAUAUUGAUCAUUCCUUUACCUAAACCUCAAUUUCAGCCCAGUCCCCAUCAUCAGUCCAGCCACCGAAACCGGGCAUGGGCUACGUUAAUAUGGGCUUCCCAGCUACAGGCGAGCGGCCUGUAGCCAAACCACCCCUCCCACCUCCAAAACCGGAAAUGCGGUCUCGGGCCCAGUCCAGCGGCCAGGCUGGUCGACCAGUCCAACGACCAAAGUCUGUAAUACGAAUGGAUCAAGGGGUUAUGAGAAUGGAGACCUCAAUGUAG